AUGGUGAGAGUUAUUCAGUGGAGAUCGAACAGUCGUAACGUUCACACAGUUCUAUUUUACAUAGAAUCGAGUGUAACCUUUCGCAAAACGUUUUAACGAAGCAAGACUAUAUGACGACGACGAUAAUUCAUGUGUAGUUGGUAAAGUACAGUUUUCUUUGAGCAACAUGGCUUGGUUGAUCUUGUUCACCUUGACAAUCCUGAUCUGUGACAACGUGAUCAAUGCACAAUUCAUGGACGCGCAAGAAUUUAUACACACGCGACAGCGUUACUACUGGCAGAUACGAUGGCAAUUGAUGAUGAAUGAAAGGCGAUCUUCUCUGGGCGGCCAAUUAGAACUUAAUUCUAUCGAACUCAUUGCGAAUAAAAUUCUGAUGUCAAUCAAGAGCCAAGAAAUCCACGAAGGGUUUAUCAGCAAUAAUUUUCUACCAUCGCGCAACUUCUUGGAAGUCGUAUCGGAAAUAGAGAAAUCCGAGGUAUUCAAGAUCUUACGCGAAAUGCCUAAGGGCGCUCUUCUUCAUGCUCACGAGUCCGCCCUGGUUUCGCUCGACUAUAAACUCAACAAUGUGACCUAUCGAGAGAAUCUAUACAUGUGCGAUCAAAACGACAGUUUGAAACUUAAGUUUUUCAAGAAUCCUGACGAAACUUGCGACUGGCAAUUACUGAGCGAGGUGCGUCGGGAUCUACAACAGGCUGAUACAAUCAACGAUAGAAUCAGAAGGUCGUUGACCAUGAUCACAGAAAAUCCGAGAUACGCUUACAAUACCAUCGACAAGGCAUGGGGAAAAUUCAAUAGUAUUUUCAAGUUUAUGAACACCUGGCUGUCCUAUCGACCUAUUUUCGAAGACGUUUAUUACCGCGUACUACAAGAACUCUACGAAGAUAAUGUGAUGUACGCGGAGAUACGGUCGACACUAACGUCAUUGUAUGACUUUGACAGAGUCUACGGAUCGUUGGAAAUGGCGGGAAUCCUCAAGAACGUCACUGAUAAGUUUGUACGAGACUAUCCCGAUUUCCUUGGCGUUAAGAUUAUAUAUGCGCCGCAACGAUCCGUUAAUGAAACGAAACUAGACAAAUAUCUGAAAACGCUGGUGCAACUGACAGAACUUUAUCCAAACUUCGUAAUUGGUUUUGACUUGGUCGGCCAAGAGGACAAAGGAGGACCUCUUAUAAAGUUCGCCGACAAGUUAAACGCCGUUAACCCGGAAAUUAAAUUCUUCUUCCAUGCCGGAGAGACCAAUUGGAACGGAAUGUCCACUGACUUUAAUCUUUUCGAUGCUUUGCUGCUCAACCCCAAACGUAUCGGCCACGGAUAUGCAUUGACGAAGCAUCCACUUUUAUGGAACUUUGUGCAGCUAAUGGGAAUUGCAGUGGAGAUUUGUCCCAUUUCGAAUCAAGUUCUCAGCCUCGUGGAGAACCUACAGAAUCAUCCCGCGACCACUUUAUUUGCGUUGGGCUCGCCCGUCGUGAUUUCAAGCGACGAUCCCGGUCUAUGGGGCGCUAAAGGACUUAGUUACGAUUUUUAUGAAGCUUUCAUGGGUCUCAUGAGUGCCAAUUCGGAUCUCAGGAGUCUCAAGCAACUGGCGAUGAAUUCGCUAAUUUAUAGCAGCAUGAACAGCCAAGAGAAAAAUGAUGCGUUAAUCCGAUGGCAGCGCAAGUGGGACGCCUUUAUAAACAAACUGGUCCAGCCAUUUCUUGUUGACAAUAGAUGGCAAAGACUAUUUCAGCCUUCUUUAAAUAUGCAUAAUCAGUAAGAUGAAAAGGAUACAUCAUAAGUAGAACAUCAAAAAACGAUGUCAUUUAAUGUAACUCGAAAAUAUUAUUAGAUUAUUUAUAGAUAGUACUUACGUUUUCAUAAAAUGUAUCUUUAUUUUUUAACUUUCUCAAUAUAAUUAUUAAAAUUGAGUUUCACUCUAAAAAUUCUGCGUUAAAUUUAAAAGUUGCAUAGAAUUUUUUUAUUAUAUUUUUAUACAUCUAUUAUGUUUAUAAAUCUUUGCUACCUCAUCAUAUUCAUUAACGACACAUUACUGCGCAGAAAAUAUUUCUGCGUGUUCAUUUUGAUUAUGUUCAUUGAAAAAACUUAUUAAUGUGAAAGAAGAUUCUUUGAAAGAUUAUUGCGCGUGUUUUAUGUGUUUUGUACAAUAAGAUAUAAAAAUUAUAUAAAAUAAAUUUUAUUUUUUCUAUAUACACGAGGCAACGAUUAAUCGCCUGUUGCAAAAAAUUGUCAGCUGAAUAAGAAUUCCUGCAGAUCUAGAAAAAUAAAAUUUUUCAUUUUUCAUUGGCCUCAUCAUAAGACUUAAAAAACAUCUAUCUAUGUAAUUAAAUCUAUCUGCGUAAUUAAACUUCUGCAAUAUGCUUAAAUAAUUGCUCCUAAUAACAGUAAUUUUAAUACUAUAAAUAUAAAUCUCACAAUUCACGGGAAUUUACGCAAUGCAUGUAUAUUUAUGUUUCCUUCACAUUUAUUUAUUCAGAUAAAAGUGUUCAGUAAUGUAAA